AUGUCUAAGCAGCAGGUCGAAGAGCUGGUGAGGCGGUUGACGAUUGAUGAGAUGAAGUCGAGGUGGUUCGACGAGAUCUUUGCCAAGGUCAAGACCGAGCUUGUCGAGAAUCAGGUGGCAGUAUCUGAUACCAUGGAUACCCCGUCCACAGAGGCAGGGCCUAGUCCCCGACCGACUCCCAUCGACAUGUCCAGCUCGCAGAAAGGGUCAUACCAAGCAACUGUCGAGGAUCACCCGGAAGACGUGGACGAGGGCGGCGAACUUGGAAGUCGGACCCAAGACUCUGCACGGGGAUCCCUAUCCAACACCGCCUCCACCGACAGUCCAGCGUCGUCUGUCGUUUCCGAGUCUGCCUCCUCCAAGGUAUCCGCCGUGUCCUCGAGGCGGCCUUCUGCUCCCAUGUCUGCGUCGCCCGAGUCGCCGUGUCCGAGCCCCAAGACCCGCCCGACGGUGCGCUUCUCAGAUAGGGGCCCUGUCGUUCUUCAUGGCCGUCCGAAGCUGAUGCCGCCGCGUGUUGAGGUUACUGAGAUGGAUGCCAACAGCGCUGGGCUGUCGGCGGUCGAUGUGAAAUGGGGAAGGCUGUUUGAUGACAACGGAGCGCCUACACCUAGGUUUGGGCAGUUACUUCGGGGAAUUGCCAACUACCUAAUUUCCGAAUACAGUCCGAUCAACUCCCUGGUCAUUCCCCCGGAUAAGCUCCACGCUUUCUACUCCCGAUACAAGAUCGAAUCAGAAGCCCUCCCCUUUCAAAACAUGUUCGACUCCAAUCACCGAAAAGACUUUGUCAGCCUUGAGUGGCUGUACCAGGAUCUGCAGUGCAGUUACCAUCUCGUCCAAGGCCGACCAAACUCGACCCCUCGAGUCCCAGCCUUGACGCCCUCGGGGUUUGAGGACUGGAUGGUCCGCAUGGUCCAGGCCUUCCCUGACCAAGAGGCCAGACGGCUCAGCUACAUCGUCGCCGAGCUGCCCAUUGCUGCCGAUGGGCCAUUGCUGGAUGGCAAAGCCGAGAGGCUGCCCAAGCAGUUGUCGCGGCACCUCCUCCCCGCCUCGCGCCACAGAGAAGUCCACGACUUUGUCAUCACGGCGGUCCACAGCUGGAUCAAGUCGGUUGGGUUUGUAGAGCUGUCCACGCGGAAGGAGGCGCGUGGCGAAGAAGGAUCCCGGUCUACGCGGGCGCGAGAGGAGACCUCUGGGCGGCAUCGAUCUGAUGACUACCGAAGCGAAGGGACUUCGACGCGGCACCGCCACAAGUCGCGAGACAGAUACAGCAAGUCGAACGAGCGCGGGUCUUCUCGCAGGGACGGCCGGUUCGUCUCUCGAGCCAACUCAGAGGGAAACGUCCGGCGCUCUGAACCAUCGCCGCCGCCAGUCGGCUCUCACAAGUCCCGGAGUCCAACAUCGAGCAAUCGCUACCGCUCAUCGGUCUCGUCCCUCAACAGCGCCGCCACGCCGGACGACUACGGCCUAUCGUCGCCCAGCCACCAGAGCUCGUCCUCCAACUCGCACUACCCCCGCAUCACCACCUCCGGCGGGGAGCGUCGCAACCGGGAGCAGGACUAUCGCUACUACCAGGGCCGAGCCUCCGGCGACGCAACGCCGCGGACCGUCGUGGGCGGCGGCAACGCCCGGCGCCAGAGUCUGGUCGUCGAUACUCAGCAGCCACGGGACGAAGUAGGCCCGGCUUACGACGAGUACUCCCGGACGAGCCCCCGCGUGGCGCGGAGCGGCGUGGGGGUUGAGGAUGGGGGGCCGUAUCGCUCUGCGCACUCGGCCGGCGCGGGAUGA